AUGCGCGGACUGAGCAACUUCAUUUUCAGUCGGAAAAGGUCCUUUCAGCAGCAGCCCAAGCAGACCCUCCCCCCCGUCUCGGAAGAGAGUUUAGAGCACCCUGAAGUAUACAGGGAAGUGCUGGGCCAAAUGGCGAGAGACAUGGAGCUUCAGAUUAAUAAGAUAUUUGACUACAUCGAUAAGGUGAAGAGAGACUUACAAUACCGUCUCGGUAACAUAAGGCAUCAUUUGGAGGCCCUAGAGACCCGGAUAGAAGAGCUCAGCGUCCAGUUGAACAUGUUGAACGCCAAGCAAAGCGCUGCAGAGUAUAAUGCUCGCGCGCGCGAUCAAAAUUCCUUGGUCACAAGUAGAGAGAUGUAUAUCUGUCCGCUUCGGAAUCCCGAGACCAACGAUGACGUCCGCUGCCCGAGUACUUUAGGGGAAUUGGAGGCUUACAGUGGGUCCGAACUCGAUGCCCUCUUACAAGCCCUGGGAGAGCCUGUCCCGACUGCAACGAAUCAUAAGCUGGAAAUAAUAAAAUGGGCCUUGGGAAUUCGGAGUGGCAGAUAUAAAUAA